AUGCGAGGAGCAACCAGUAAAAUGUUUAACGAUCAUUUACAUCAUGUUACAUUGAAAAUUUGGUAUAAAACGGGUUUAACUUUCGAAGAAACAUUUCCAUUAGAAAAAACAACAUUUGCUGAUGUGAAAUGUUCAGCUAUUAGACAAUUUUUAAUAAAUAAUAAUAAUAAUAAUAAUAAUAAUAAUAAUAAUAAUAAUAAUAACAGUUUCUCGAUCUAUCGUCGAUCGUCAUCCAAUACGAAUGCAACUAGUCGAUAUAAUUCGUCACAUGACGAUGUUGAUAAUUAUAAUUUAAUAUCAAUUUCAUCGAAACGAAUGGUUGAUGACGAAAAGACACUAGGACAACAAAAAGUGAAAGAUGGAGAUGAAUAUCUGCUAGCAGCAAAACACAUAAUUCCUUAUUCAAAAUUUGAACAGAGUCAAAGUUCUUAUACUAUUGAUGCAGCAUUAAUUGAAAAUCGAACACAAGAUCUUUCACAAUCGUCGCGUUUAUUCAAUCGAGAUUAUCGUUCUGCAGCUCGAACCGAAUUUCGUACUGAUCUCAAUCGUAUUUUAAUAACUCUCAUAGAAACUUCACAAAAAUUACUUUGGUGUCAUCCAGAUGCAGAAAAUAUUUUCAAACAAGCUGAAGAAUUUCUUUUGCGAUCACCAUCGGACGAAUCAAAUAAUCCAACAACUACUGCAAUGAAUGCUGAUUCUAUAGAAACACGUCGCCAUCAAAUCAGUAAAUUAGUCGAAAUGGGUUUUACUGAGCAACAAGCACGAAUAGGACUGAAAAGAACAAAAUAUGAUAUUCAAGCUGCCACAGACUUACUCCUAAAUCAAUCGGAUAUUGGGAAUGACGAUGAUGAUGACGACGACGAUGGAAGCGAUGCUGAAAAUCAAUCAAAUCGUAAUAAUACAUCAGAAACUGUAAGGACACCAUUGUUUUCACGUAAUGGUUGUUUUGUAUCAGUUCGAAAAUUUCGACAACAAAGUUUUCAACCGAAUGCAAAAGCAAUUCAAUCAUUGGGAGAAAUUGGUUUUGCACGUGACGAUAUAGUUAAUGCCUUACGAAUGUUUAAUAAUGAUAAAAAUUUAGCUUGUGAAUAUCUUCUCAGUGACAGACAACAACAACAAAAUAUGAAUGAUGCUGAAAAUGAGCAAGGCCUGGACCCAAAUUCCAGUAUCUUUCAAUCAAUUAUGCAGAAUGCUAUUGUUCAAAAAACAUUGAAUAGCCCAAAAACUUUCUUUAUUAUGUUACAAAUAGCAGAAAAUCCAACAUCAAUAACUAAUUAUUUAAAUGAUCCUGAAAUAGGAAAUAUGCUUUUACAAAUAAGUCGUAUUUAUCAUGCAGAAAAAGAAAACAUAAACCCAUCAGUAAGUAAUAGAAGUGAUAGUGAUCAUCAAGAAGAACGUUUAUCGAGAACGACCGGAAGCAUCAGUGGAGAUUUCGAUGAUGACAGUGAUUAA